AUGGACUUGUGGGUCAUAAAGGUCCGUUUUGAUAAAAUUGGACUAUUUCGUGGCAACGAGUUUUGUUUUGACCGCAUUGAGUCACGUUACAAUAAAAUGGAGCUUCAAUGGAGACGAAGAUGCGGACUUCGAGGACCAAGAAGACUGUUAUGGCAGAAUCACAUGAGGGAUCGAGAUGGGGCCUCUAACAAACAAGCCUUGGCGACGCCACGCAACUCUGGCGAUGCCAGUAGAGGUGACGCCUUAGAUCGCGAGGAGGGAGUCCAGCGUGAAGCGACCAGGAGGCGGGGCGCGUCUGUCGCGCGCUGGGCAAAGCCAGCAACGAGCUGGGUGAUGCCAAUGGCGUGGGUAGCUUUGGUGGUGCCCCAGGCACAGGCCUCAAUGCAGGUGGAAAUGACUCAGAUAACGUCAAAGGCGUGA